CAUAGCUUCUUAUCGUCGAUUGACAAAUCUCUUUACCUUGCGUUACUGUACUUUACCUUCUUUUACUAUAUGCCGGUUUUCCAAUCAAGCAUAGAAGACGAUGACAAGGCUCUAGAUUGAUGGCAUGAUAGUUCAUAGCAGAUAAUUGUAGUUGUCAAACAAAAUCGAGGAAGUACAUAUUGUGAACUUUAAAUAAACAAUUUAUAAAGGAACAUGUCGUUAGCCGAUGAGUUAUUAGCAGAUCUUGAAGAGAAUGAUGAUAACGAUGAUAUCGCAGAAGAACCAGAGCCGGAUUUUAUUCCGGCUUCCGUUUCGAAAACCAUCGAAGAAGAAAUAAAAGUAGCUUCUGUAAGAGAAUUGGCGAAGCUUCGUGAUUCAGAGCAGUUACAAAAAGUAAUGUUACAAAUAGAAAAAUACAGUAAAAUUCCUAGGAAGUCGGCAGAUAUUAUUGGGCCUGUUGAGUCUGAUCCAGAAUAUCAACUUAUCGUCGAAGCUAAUAACAUGGCUGUAGAUAUUGAUGAUGAAAUAGCUACCAUACAUCGGUUUGCUAGAGAUAAAUAUUCCAAAAGAUUUCCAGAAUUGGAAUCUUUAGUUGUUGGUCCAUUAGAAUAUGUGAUGACAGUUAGAGAAUUAGGAAAUGAUUUAGAUAGAGCAAAAAACAAUGAAACAUUACAACAAUUUCUUACUCAAGCAACAAUUAUGGUGGUUUCAGUAACUGCUUCAACAACUCAAGGACAAUUAUUAACAGAAGAAGAAAAGGAAGCUAUUUGCGAGGCAUGCGAUAUGGCAGUAGAAUUGAAUAACUGCAAGUUAAAAAUAUUUGAAUAUGUUGAAAGUAGAAUGGCAUUUAUCGCACCAAAUCUUUCUGUAAUAGUGGGUGCAUCUACAGCAGCAAAAAUUAUGGGUGUUGCUGGGGGACUGACAAAACUUUCCAAAAUGCCAGCAUGCAAUGUUUUAGUUUUGGGAUCUCAAAAAACCACAUUAUCUGGAUUUUCUCAAGUAACAACUUUACCUCACACUGGAUUUAUAUAUUAUUCUGAUAUUGUACAAGAAACACCACCGGAUUUACGAAGAAAAGCAGCAAGGCUUGUGGCUGCAAAGAGUAUGUUAGCUGCCCGAGUUGAUGCGUGUCAUGAAAGUACAGAUGGUCAUAUUGGUCAAAUGUUCCGUGAAGAAAUUGAGAAAAAGCUCGAUAAGCUUCAAGAACCACCUCCUGUUAAAUUUGUAAAACCUUUACCAAAACCCAUUGAUCCAGGACGAAAGAAACGUGGUGGUAAACGUGUCAGAAAAAUGAAGGAACGUUAUGCUAUCACUGAAUUUAGGAAACAUGCAAAUAGAAUGAAUUUCGCAGAUAUCGAGAAUGAUGCUUAUCAAGAAGAUCUUGGUUAUUCGCGUGGAACAAUUGGAAAAGCAGGGACCGGUCGUAUUCGACUACCACAAAUCGAUGAAAAAACAAAAGUACGGAUAUCAAAAACGCUCCAGAAAAAUUUACAAAAACAGCAACAAUGGGGUGGUAGUACAACAGUUAAAAAACAAGUUUCCGGUACAGCAUCUAGUGUUGCAUUCACUCCACUACAGGGUUUGGAAAUUGUAAAUCCACAAGCCGCAGAAAAGAAAGUAAACGAAGCCAAUGCUAAAUAUUUUUCGAAUAUAGCUGGAUUUUUAAAAGUGAAGAAGACAUAAGGAGACUGUAUAUCAUAUAUAUGGUGUAAUAUAUUAUCAAUUCAGUAAAUUUUAACAUGUUGAAUGGCACGCCAGUUUUACGAGAUUUGAUGAUGAGAUUUUUAUUAUGCGAAAAUAUAAUGUAGAAAGAUUACCUACGAAAGAUAUGUUACAAUUUAUAAUCGUCAUUAAUGAAUUUAUCUCACUGACGUCACUGGUGACCCCCACGGUGCUGUAAUGCAAUUUCAUCGAAAGAUUACAAGAUUUAGCAUUUUUUACUUUACUGUCAAGGUCCUUAAUUGCCAUCAAACAUCAUUCAAGUCGAAACGUUUCUUAGAGUUAUUGUUCAUUAAGGUAAAACACGGAAAAAGCUGGUUUUUACCAUGUUUGACAGCCACUGGUGAGGGGCACACAUAAUACAUCUAUAUUUUAUAUAUAAAUAAAAUUAUUUUUAUAUUUUUUAUCACACCAUUGUAGUAACGAUAGUAAUCAUACAAAAUUACUAUUGACUAUAAUAACUAUUGACAUUUGUUCAAAUUGUGUAUCUCUACUAAUUUUGGUGCGCCGGUCACCGGUGACCUCCACAGCGCCACGGCCAAGUUGAGUCCCGAUCACCGGUGAUCCCCAUGACAUUUGACAUGUUAACUACAUUUGUUAUAUAUAUAUACAUAAUUAUGUUUUGUAAACACCAGAUAUGCUUUAUUUAUAUAUAACUGUAUCUUGUCAUUUAAAUAAUGACAAAGUAAUAGUAACU